UUGUCUGAAGUGUAAGGGGACCCACACCUGCUACCAGCACUGAGACGGAGCUGACGCCCCUGCGACGAACAUGACAACGUGUGAAGAUCCCUCUGGCUACAGGCAGGAGCAGGAGGAUGAGUUCAUGGACAUCCUGGAGGAGAGGGGCGGAGCAGUGACCUAGGCCAUGCCCUCCGAACCUUUACCCCCUCCCCCUACAGGGGAGCCCCUCCUCUCUCCGCUGGCGCCCUCAACAGGAAGGUUCUGGAAUCACAGUACCUACGAUACAUCACCAAGGAGGUGGCCAUGGAGACUGGUGAGAGUGUGGAUCUGGUGAGAGAGGAGGCGUCGGGGAUACUGGAGGAGAUGUCUCAGAACCUCCAGCUGGGAUUCAUCAGACUGCUGGGGUUCACCCUCAGUAAAGUCUUCAAGAGGCUCUUCAGCCACAUCAACAUCAACCAGGAAGGACUCAACAGGCUCCAACAGGCCAUUCAGGAGUCUCCAGUGAUCCUGAUGCCCAAUCACAGGAGUUAUGUGGACUUCCUGGUUCUGUCCUACAUCCUGUUCACCUAUGACCUGCCCAUCCCCGUUAUAGCUGCUGGAAUCCCUCUGAUGGACAUGAAGAUGGUGGGAGAGAUCCUGCGUCGUUCUGGCGCMUUCUUCAUCAGGAGGGCCAUCGGGUCUGACAAGUUGUACUGGGCUGUCCUAUCUGAGUAUGUUAAAACCAUUGUCAGGAGACCUUCCCCAGAGACCCAGCGUAGAGACCCAGGAGUGUGUGAGCUGGCUAGCCCAGCAGGUGGUACGUAUCCAGGAGCAGAGCUCCAUCCUCAGCCCCUGGUCUCUCAUGGCCUGCCUGGUGCUCCAGGACCAUCAGGACGCAGACCCAGCAGGAGAGGAACACGAGAAGGGUCUCUCCUGGGAGCUGCUCACCCAGAGGACGCUGUGGCUCAAGGGGCUGGCGAUCAGCUUCGGAGCCCGCCUGGACUGGCCUGGUAAGUGUACAGCCAUUGGUUCUACACCUGCAUUGCUUGCUGUUUGGGGUUUUYGGCUGYGUUUCUGUACAGCACUUUGAGACAUCAGCUGAUGUAAGAAGGGCUUUAUAAAUACAUUUSAUUUGAUUGCUUGGUUGAUUCUUCCACAGACAGACAGAUGCUGAUUCUAGAUGGUUUCUGAAACAGUAGUAAACCUAAGGUCAGGCACUGCUGCUGCUGUCUGUGGUCAGAUAUAUAUAUCAAGUCCAGUUCACCAGUUAGAGUGGUUUAGUGUGAGCUYUUCCAACAGACUGAUCAGACUCGACAAUAGAGUCUCAGGAACACAGUUCCAAGGAGU